AUGAAGAAAUGCCUUCCAACGGCACAACGCACUACAACCACCGGCACUCACGACCUCCUCUCUCAUCUCCGAAAGCAGACGAUCACAGGCAGAAUGAUGCGAAGUGCCGGCGGAGCGCUGGCCGUGGCCGUCGCCGCGCUGCUUGUAUGCUGCAACGCUGAUCCACACCAGGAACAAGACGUGAGCGGAAGCGACCACAACUCCGGAGAACGCUACGAUGCCGCCGAUUAUAACCGAAAGGAAGAAUUAGAAGAUUUCCUACGGUUCCUCUUACAAUACGAAAAUAAAGCGUCACAACGCAGUUUCCUCAAUGGCAUCAGUGGUAAUUCAUUACUAGGAAGAAACCUCGAGGGCUUAUACGGGCGAAGCCGUUUGGUAGGUAUCGGGGGCAGCACACUUUUGGGAAGGAACGCUGACUACAGUCAGUAUGGUACAAACAAUCACAAUAUCGAAGAAUCAUCUCUGUUGGGCAGGAAUUUAAAGGGAAUAGGUGGUUCAACUCUCCUCGGAAGAGAUCUAGAAGGAGACAAAAGAUUACACUCGAGAUUCAUUGAUUCCCUCGGCGGCGGAAAUUUUGUUCGUAACCUGGACUCUAUUGGUGGAGGCAAUUUUGUAAGAAACUUGGACUCUCUCGGUGGAAGCAAUUUCGUUAAGAAAAAUCUAGACGCACUUGGUGGACCAAACCUCGUCAAAAGGAAUUUGGAUUCUUUGGGAGGUGGCAAUUUUGUCCGAAAUCUAGACUCCAUCGGAGGACACAAGACUCGGAACCUGGAACCCCUUGGAGGUGGAAAUCUGGUCCGUGAAGCGCGCGAGAUCAGACGUUCAGCAUAUAUGCCGUACCUUAUUUCUAGAAGAUACGAUUUUGGAAGCCCGUACGGCGGCAAGCGUGAACCAUGGCCGUUGGCGCCCGUUGAAUACAGCGGAUAUUACGGAGAUGGACUCCCCAAGCGCAAUUUCGACGAAAUCGACAGGUCUGGCCUGGAUACAUUUGUGAAGAAACGCAACUUCGACGAGAUUGACCGAUCAUCGAUGCCGUUCCCCUAUGCCACCAAACGCUUCUACCACCUUCCAAGCGGAGACAAGAAGAGAUACCGACCCGACUUCCCUAUGGAUGAGAUUGACCUAUCCCACUUCCCCAUUGGCUCCAAGAGGUCACCGGACAGUUAUCCCCUGGUGCCCCGUAACCUGCUCUAA